ACGUCACGACACACCCGUGUCCAAUCAUCAAGCUUGUCGCUGUGUCUUGCCGUACUGCCCGUAUUCGAUGCACUAAUGUUAGGUCUCCAGUGCUGAUCCAUAAUAAGUUAUUAAAACCUCGCGCUAAAGCAUCACUGACGACUAAUAAGUGGAAAGCUGAUCUCAGAGCAGACAUUUCAGGAAAACCUUUUAACCGUCUAGCUGGCAGGCUAGCUGGCCUACCGUCUUCCACCGUGGAAAGUGUUGUCCAGCAAAAUGUUGUCCGAAGGCAGCUCAUUCCUGAAGGGCAUGGUUUUAGGGGGGAUCUUUUGCCUGGUGUUGUCUCUUCUUGGGACUUUUAGACCUGGAAUUCCAUCUCAGAUAGAACACCUCCACCAUCAUCUCAAACCACAUAGUAAAGAGGAGCUGCAAAAGCUAAGCGAGACACAAAUGUCUGAACUCACCGAGCAGGUGAGGGUUUAUUGCAUCAUUAUGGUCACUCCCAAGAUCCUGGUUCAUUGGGCAGCUGCCAACGAUACGUGGAGCAAACACUGUGAUAAGUCUGUUUUCUACAGCUCAGAAUCCGCCAAAGCUCUGGAAGCAGUAGACCUGCAGGAACAGGAUGAGUGGGCAAGGCUACGCAAAGCCAUCAAGCAUGCAUUUGAGAAUGCAGGGGGACUCCGCUGGUUCUUUGUGGCACGACCCACCACUUUUGCCAUCAUUGAGAACCUUAAAUAUCUGGUUCUGGUUAAAGAAUCCAGUGAGCCCUUUUACAUUGGCCACGUGCAGAAGUCUGGGGAACUGGAGUAUGUGGAGUAUGAAAGUGGUAUUGUACUCAGCUAUGAGGCUAUGAGAAGACUUGUGGACAUGUUCAAUGAUGAGGGCAAAUGCCCAGAGCGAUCAAAUGCCUUGUGGAAGCUGAGCGAGGAGAAGCAGCUUGCCACGUGUCUGAAGUACAGUGGAGUGUUUGCUGAAAAUGGAGAGGAUGCUCAGGGCAAAGAACUGUUCAACAAAAAGUCUGUGAGCUCCCUAAUUUCUGACAGUGUGGCCCAAAACCCCAGUGAUGUUGUGGAGGCCUGUUGCUCUGACAUGGCCAUCACAUUCAGUGGGAUGUCCCCUAGCCAGAUGCAAGUCAUGAUGUUUGGAGUUUACAGGCUGAGGCCAUAUGGACACAACUUUCAUGACUCCUUGACAUUUUUACCUCCAAAAGGAUCAGACAAUGACUAAUGUCAAUCAGCAAGACUACUGAUGCACCAUGGGGUGCACAUAAAAAUUUUGUACAUUGCUCUUAGUGAGCAUUAUUUAACUUAUAAUUCAAGGCACCGUUGAACAUGCUGUGAUGUACCUUAUGACAAAAUGUGCUGUAUUCAAAAGUGAGUGCAUUAAGGUUUACUUGGGGAAAUAUAUUUCUCAGUUUAAAAUGGUGAAAUGUUUCUAUACUUUUUUCCUUUCAAAUUUAUUUUAAGGGUCUGCAGGGGAUUAACCUGAUCACACUACUUAAAACACAGGAACCAAGACUUUAUUUAGAACCAUGUUACACACUAUAUUUGAGUUACUGGAAAGGAACACUCAGUCUCUAAAUUAUGACCACCUUGAGGCCUGUUCAUGUAGAAGUAUUAUACAGUAAAUUAUAAUGAAGAAAUGAAGCACUAUGCACUGUUAUAGCAAGUGAUUUGUAACUGCAUACCACUGCUGACUUAUGACUGUUGUCCAAAACCUUCAGAAUCAGACAUCUAACAGAUAUUUAAAUAUAUAUGUUUAUAAAAUAUGCAACAACAAAAAUAUGUAUGUUUUAAAUUCUCUGAUUCUCAUGUUUUAAAAGGUCUGAUAUUGCAGUGGUAACCUGAUAAUGGGUUUUAAGUAAGAGUUUUAUACUUCUUUCUACAUUUUUUUCCUUGCAGGGGGACUUGGAAACUGUAAACUUUACACUGGUACACAUGAUUAAGCUAUGUUUUCUUUUUAUACAAAUACAGGUAAUACGCUUUGCGUUGAACGAAAGUAAAAUAGACGGGAACCGAAUUAGUACCACGUUGGUGUUAUUUGAAAAAUAGAUGCAUUUGAUUAGAGGUAUCUGUUUAUCUAUAAAUGUGAUUCAUUUUUAUAUGAACUGUUGUAUGGGUGUUAAUACAUGAUUCAAAUAAAACAAAUUAAAUUGGGA